AUGCUGUUCCGUGCCGCUGUUUCCUUUUUAAUCCUGGCUUUGGCCAUGGCUGCCGAUCAAGCUCCAGAAAAUCCAACUGGAUGUCUCACUGAAGUUGAUCUCGACAUUGACUACUUUCCUGACAAGGUCUUUCCCCAGCACUCGCAACUGUGGGAAGUCGAGUACCACAAGACUUACAAGGUUGUCACCAACAACAACUUUCCCGAUCAAAAGUACUUGUUGUAUCUUUGUGGAUCAGAAAUCCCGGUAGGUGUCGGUGAAACCCUGGCCAUCCCAAUUCCAAUUCAAUCAAACGGUGGCUACAGCAUCACUACUACCACUGCCAUCAGCCACUUGGAACUGAUGGAAGUGGACACGUUUGCCAAGGGAUACAUUACCAGUCCGGAAUGGAUCGCAAGCAACUGCUUCAAGGACAAGAUCGAAGCAGGAGACAUCACCACCGUUCCAGGUGCCUGGAGUGGCGAGGCGAUUCCAGAAUCUCUCAAGGAUUUGGUAACCUUCCUCAACCCAGGUUCCUCCUACUCGGUGAACCUAACCUACCCAAUCUUUGUCAAUGAGUACCUCGAAAAGACCAACCUAGCUGUCGGAGAAUGGCACAAGUUCUACUCGGCAUUCUUCAAUACCGAAAAGAAGGCCAAUCAAGACUUUGAUGGCAUGACACAACGCUACGAAUGUGUCUCGCACAAUGCCCAAUCCUUGAGUGCUGAUAGCACCAAGAAGAAGGUCAUCUUUGGAAGUUGGUCCGACUGGUCCAAGGCCUGGAGCUUUGGUCCAUGUCCCAACUACUAUUGCGACUGGGUAUCCGAUUGUGGAGGAGAAUAUCUAGUCAAUGACUCUGGUUUCUUGGACGAUGCCGCCUUUAUUGAGUACGCCAAGGAUGCCGACAUUUUGCUCUGGGCCAGCCACGGUCCCCCAUAUUUCAAUGAGACUUAUGCUGACAAGAAGGAGGUCUUGGACCAACUCAAGGCGGUCCAAAACGAGAUGGUCUUUGACUCUACCAAGGAUGGUCUGAACACAUGGCACGAGCACCGUUUGGUCGAAUUCGACGUAGUGUUGGAAGACAUUUGCAGCAUUAUUUCUGGAACUGGUCUCCUCCCCCAUCAACGAGAGUUCUUUCGCAACGUCUUUACCGAAGAAAUUGGCUCUGUUGCUGAAUGUGUGGAUGGAGAAUCCUCAUUCACAUUGAAGGCAGACGAAUGCGUCAGAAUUGGCGAAGAAUCAUCCGAAAGUAGCUCUGCUGUUCGUGCCAUGGCCAGCCUCUUUUCCAUGGGAACUUUUUUGUGGUCCAUGAUUGCCUAA